CAAUGGUGCGGCGGGAUGCCCUGCUCGGCCAAUGGGCGCCGGGCUCGCGCGGGCGGCUGGCGGCGGCGGCGGCCAAUGGUGCGCCGGGCUGGGGCGGGGUCCGGAGCCCGAGGAGCCGCCGCCGCGGGGGGAGGGGAGGCGACACCGGUCUCGGCGGCUCCGCCUGGCGGCGGGGGGGGAUCGGGGCCUGGCCGGGCCCAGCCGAGCCUCCUGCGGGCAGCGGGCGCCGGAGGGAGCAGCGGGGGCGGAGGGAGCCGCAGCCGGCCCCGCCCGGGCCCCAGCGCCGCGAUGGGCAACGCGGCCACGGCCAAGAAGGGCGGCGAGCUGGAGAGCGUGAAGGAGUUCCUAGCCAAAGCCAAAGAAGACUUCAUCAAGAAAUGGGAGAACCCCUCCCAGAACACGGCCAGUUUGGAUCAGUUUGAUCGAAUCAAGACCCUGGGCACAGGCUCAUUUGGGAGGGUGAUGCUGGUGAAACACAAAGAGACCGGGAAUCACUAUGCCAUGAAGAUCCUGGAUAAACAGAAGGUAGUGAAGUUGAAACAAAUUGAGCACACCCUCAACGAGAAACGGAUCCUCCAGGCCGUCAACUUUCCAUUCCUCGUCAAGCUAGAGUAUUCUUUCAAGGAUAACUCCAAUCUGUACAUGGUGAUGGAAUACAUCCCGGGCGGGGAGAUGUUCUCCCACCUACGGCGGAUCGGGAGGUUCAGUGAACCUCACGCCCGGUUCUACGCUGCUCAGAUCGUCCUGACCUUUGAGUAUCUGCACUCGCUGGAUCUCAUCUACCGAGACCUGAAGCCAGAGAAUCUCCUGAUAGACCAGCAGGGCUACAUCGAGGUGGCCGAUUUUGGUUUUGCCAAGCGGGUGAAAGGCCGAACCUGGACUCUGUGUGGGACCCCGGAAUACCUGGCCCCCGAGAUCAUCCUCAGCAAGGGUUAUCACAAGGCUGUGGACUGGUGGGCUCUGGGUGUCCUCAUCUAUGAGAUGGCAGCUGGUUACCCCCCAUUCUUCGCGGACCAGCCCAUUCAGAUCUACGAGAAGAUCGUCUCUGGCAAGGUCCGGUUCCCUUCUCACUUCAGCUCAGACCUGAAGGACCUGCUCCGGAACCUGCUGCAGGUGGACCUCACCAAACGCUUUGGCAACCUCAAGAACGGGGUCAACGACAUCAAGAACCACAGGUGGUUUGCUACCACCGACUGGAUCGCCGUCUACCAGAGGAAGGUGGAAGCUCCCUUUAUACCAAAGUGCAAAGGCCCCGGCGACACGAGUAACUUCGACGACUACAAGGAAGAGGAGAUCCGGGUCUCCACCACUGAGAAGUGCGCCAAGGAGUUUGCUGAGUUCUAGGGCCAGCAGGGCGCCCUUCCCCCCGCCAGCCCCCAGGAGGGCAUGCACGGAGCAGGUGGGGGCGGGGUUGGAUUUGACCCCACCCCGCCCCGGGAAACACGUCUGUGUCCUCCGACAAAACUUGUGUCACUGCCCCCACUUCCUCUUUAACAGUGUGCUUCCUUGUAAACAUAUUUGAAACAAUUACCAAUAAAGUUUUGGGUUACUAUG